GUAAUUGUUACUUUGCUUACCUGGUUCAUUUAAAAGAUAUAUUGUUAAAAAAAAAACACAAAUCUGGCGAAAUUUUACUUGUCAUUUUUAGGUUUAUAAGCACACAGUAAACACUGAAAACCACACCACAUACACACAUUAAACAUGGCCAACAGGGGACACUUUAUAGACAGAAACGUAGAUAUUCGGGCCGCAGGAGUGUCCACCAUCGGAUUACAUGAAGAGGGAGAUGUGAGGGAUUGCCUGAUCGUCAACAACGCGGAGGAGUUGGCCGAGAGUGCGGUACGUGCCAAGUGCCAACAGGAUAGGAGCAAAUCCAAUAGUCUUCCUGCUAUGUCGGUGAUUCCCAGCAACAGCCUCCGAGAUUUGCUGACCAGCGAGCUGCAGAAGUCUCGCUUCAUGUCCUUUAAGGAGAAGUUCUACGAGGAGAUGUACUUCAAGGAGCCGAACUUGGGUCAGAUCAAGCCAACUUACUCCAAGCCGGACAACGUGACCAAUUCGAGCCAGACCUUCGGACGUCCGUCGAAUGCGACACCCUCCGAAUCCCUCUACACAAUCAUAUUUCCGCCGAAGUCCACGGAUCAGGUGAAUAAGGAGUACCAGGAGUUCCACGACAAGCACAUCAUAAGCCACAAUCACUACUUCCCUUCGGAGCAGAUCAAUCGCAAAUAUACCCAACCAUUUGAUCGAAAAUCGCCAUGUGGAUAUAUUCACAGCACCGGCGACUUUGGACUCAAUGUGAAACGCUGUCUUGAAGAGGGUGAAAAUCAUCUGAAGGUUAUUGGCAAGUCUCAAGUUGAUUUUAUGAAUCGGACAGAAGCUCCCUUGGGAACGAAAUUCAAAAAGUAUCCUUGUGAGGUUCCCGACAUAACUUUUGGCGUCCCUUUGCGAAGCAGUGGCGAUGUAAAGAUGUUGCUUAAUAAUAUAGUUCCCUGCGAAAAGUCCAAUCGGCUCAUAGAUGCCAUCAGCUAUUUGAACAAAAAGCGCCAAAGUCUGAGGAAAUGUCUCGAUUUCUAUGAACUGAUCUCCAUGCUGGAGCGAAGUGAUCAUCAAACGGGCUAUCUGCCACUGUCCCGAAUCCUUGAAAUUAUCGGCAACUUCCACAUCCGUUUGGAUUCCCAGAAAAUGUGUGUGGCGCUGUCCCAUUUUCAUAUGAUCAUUGAUGAGGGUUGUUCCACGGAGCGUGUAAAUUACGCUGAUUUCUGCCGACUUCUUUCCAUUCAGGAGCCACUCCCCAAAACAGGAAAUUUGGACACAGUUUCCGUUGCAAGUUGCCUGGACACCACUUAUCGUUUACUCUGCGCCGAUCGCCAUAAGAAACCCAAGGAGGUUGAUGUGAUAAAAAAUCAGCAGUUCGAAGAGGAUAAAACGUGUGUUAAGGACCUCGUUUCACCGGAAUUGGCCAUUUUACGUGGCCUCAAAACCAGUGAUUUUAGCCGUUUGCGGCCCAAGGUGGAAAUCGAACGGAUCUUCAGGAGACUCGUUCCAAUGGAUAAAUUCGAGGAUAUUUGGCACAGACUGAUGGUUGAGCACAGGGACCAGAGUGAAAUGGCAUCCGUCAGUCAAUUUCAUACCGAGAUGCGUAAUACAACUGUUAUAUAGAAGCAUUAUAAAUAAAGUAUGGGCCAUAAUACUCUGGUACAUCACUAUACAGCUAAACGGUUAUAAAAAUACAAGCAAAAUAAUUUAAAACAAAUAUACCUCAAAUACAGGCUGAAAUAUGAUAGAGGUCAAUAAAACAAUCCGAUAAUAAUAACCGGUCAAUCGA